GGAAAGCUGGGAGAUAUGCGCGAGUAACAGGAUGAGGUCCACAGACGGAUAAUCGAUUACGUGGGUUAACGUUGAACGACGAUCCAUAGGGGGUUGGUAACGAUCGUGGUGCCCUGACAGCGCGUUUGUAUCUCUCAGACAUUCAUAUACAUAUACAUAUACAUAUACCAUGCUCCCAUCUUUCCGUCCUACAUGCCCCCAGAGAUAUACGACCUCAUCAUCGACCACCUCGCCGAUGACCUCUCCGCACUCUCCGCGUGCGCCCUCGUCUCCCGCGCUUUCCUCCCUCGGUCCCAACACCAUCUCUUCCGACAUGUCACGUUCUACCCGCCCCAGCCGCACUCCGAGACGAACCGGUGCGCGCGGUUCCCGACGCCGAAAGCCCCGCUUGUCGAGAGCCUCACGAUCUUUGAGCGGCGGCUGCCCCUGGGCCACGGGGGUGGGAUGCGCACAAACGCGUGGACGGAGGAGGCCUUGCCGCGGGUGCUGCCCCUGCUCGUGGCGCUGCGGAGCGCCGAGUUUGCGGGGCAGAUGUAUUUGGAUGAGAGGCAUCGCGUGCGAACGGGCGUGCAGGGUGUACUGCCCCGGCUGACGAGCCUCACGCUUGAUGGGGUGUAUUUUAGCAAUCUUGCGGAGCUGGGGGCGUUCUUUGGGUGUAUGCCAAGGUUGAAGGGGUUGGUGCUGAAUGUUAUGACUGUUGGCAGGAGGGCUGGCGACCGUCGGGUGCGGGGUGGGUUGUGUGGCGAAUUGGAGACGCUCGAGGUGGGGAUCGGGCAUCUUCAUCCGAGGUGGAUAAGGUAUCUGCUUGGGAGGGAUGGUGUGAUUUCGCUGGAGAGCCUGAGAGAGCUCGUUUACCCUCUCACCUUGGAAGCGGAUUCGUGGUUGCCCGGUGUGGAUGAGCUCGUCGGGCGUGCGCCGAGGUUGGAAAAGGCGGUGUUGGUGGAUUCGAGGGGAGGGCGUGAGUCGCAUCUCUUUUCACUGACUAGUCGGAUCCUCAUCCGGGGUAUGACACCCGUACCCGAUACCUGCCGCCUCCGUUCCUUCACCGUGUUCGCUCCCCUGGAUCGAUCCGAAGUUCGUUGGACCAAGGUGGAUGUGUCGGAAAUUGCGGUUGAUUGGACGAGGACGUUGCUGGGUCUCGGUCCCCGCUUGGAGCAGGUUGUCAUCCUGAUUAAUGCAAAGUCGAAGACGCACCUUGUGAUGAGACCGAACAGUGUGGAUGGAUGCUCACGCGGGCUGUUAAAGCUGUGAGCUGUCCUGCUACUCCCCGGUCGUCUAUCCCUUCUGAGCGUCGUCCACAGAUGAUACCAUUGACGUAUAUUUCUCGUAUACGAUACGCUUGUCAACGGUCUGUUUUGCUCCAAAGUUCGACUGAGAGUCUCCGUAAGGCCAUCAAUCAUAGUAUACGAUCGGUGGUGUAGUCUUCUUAGCCCGAUUUGUCCCCUGAAUAUCUGUCUUUUCCUCCUGCUGCCAACCCCAAGUGUCAUGGAGAAGAAGCCGUUUUUUUUU